AUGUUAUAGCAUUUGAGUUUACAGUAAUUAGAACUUCUCUAUACAAAAAAGAAAAGAUAACAAAAAUAUUAAUCAGCAGAAUUAUAAUUAACAGCAUAAGAGCUUCAAGAUUUCAAUAGUAAAAAGCCUGAAGAUACAACUUUGCAAUUUGAUAAUGAAGAUGAAGAUCAAUUAAAUACUCAUUAAGAUUCAAUCAAUCUUUUAAAUGAAGAGAUUGUCGAUCACAUUUAUCAAAAUCCAUCAAAAAAAAGAUUAAUGAUUCUUGGUAUGGGUUUUAUCCAAUGUGUAUAAAUUCUUAUUACACAUUUUAUGGGAAUAUUUCUAUUUGAUUCUGAGAUUAUUUCUUUUUUAUUUUGCACUAUGUUAAUUGUUUAUUACCUUAAAAUAGCAGUUAGUUGGAUUUAAAGUCCCGAUAGAGGGAGGUUAAUAACAAAAUAAUAAGUAUGUGCAUUCGUUUUAGGAAUACAAUUAGGAAUGAUUAUUACAAUAAUCCUAAAUUUCUAUCAAGAAAACAAAUUAUUUAAUACUUUAAUUGCUUUUAUACCAUGCACAAUAAUGAAUAUUAUGUUUAUAUAUUUUUCAAUUAAAUAUUAAGCAAUUUUAUGA